CUGCGUUUCUCCCGGUCCCGGCCGGCGGCGCAGAGAACACCAGAGGAGGAGGGCAGGGGUGGGGGGUGGAUCCAUCAUGGCGUCUAUGCAGAAGAGGCUACAGAAAGAGCUAUUGGCUUUACAGAAUGACCCACCUCCCGGAAUGACUUUGAAUGAAAAGAGUGUACAAAAUUCAAUUACACAGUGGAUCGUAGACAUGGAAGGUGCUCCUGGAACAUUAUAUGAAGGGGAGAAAUUUCAGCUGCUGUUUAAAUUCAGUAGUCGAUAUCCAUUUGACUCUCCUCAGGUCAUGUUUACUGGUGAAAAUAUUCCCAUUCAUCCUCAUGUUUAUAGCAACGGUCAUAUCUGUCUAUCUAUUCUAACAGAAGACUGGUCUCCAGCUCUUUCAGUGCAAUCAGUUUGUCUUAGCAUUAUUAGCAUGCUUUCCAGCUGCAAAGAAAAGAGACGACCACCAGAUAAUUCAUUUUAUGUAAGAACAUGUAACAAGAAUCCAAAGAAAACUAAAUGGUGGUAUCAUGAUGACACUUGUUGAUGCCACCAUUUUGAGAAUCGCCUCACAGAAGAUAGUCCUACUGAGAAAAUGAGCACUUUGAUCAUUCAGUCUUUGAACUUUAACCUCUGACUGGAAGUGACAAUAGGCAAUGAAGACUACUUCCUCUGACUGCAUUUUUACUAGUGUGCAUUCUGGGCGCAUGUUGAUCGCUGGUUCAAUCCAUGCUACUGACAUGCUUUUCUUAGUCGUACAGUAUAAAUGCAGGUGUUGGGAAAUAUCAGAAUUCCAUUUUUUAAAAUAAACUUUGGGAAGAAUUUUAGGUCUUCAUGUAUUGUGCAAUAAUAUGAUUCUUGACGGUGUUGGUAUAUCCAUUGCCGGCAAAAGAUUGUAUCAGGAAACUUAUACCCCUGCCACAAGAAAAGGUAGAUGCAUGAUAGGGCCUAUGAAAAGAUUUAAGUAUAUUGGGAUUAUAAGUAACCUAUCAUUUUGAAAGCCACCUAAUUGUUUAGAUUUGGAUUCUAUGCACUGUGAUCAUAAGACUAGCAGCGUGAAUUAAAACAUGCUUAGCUGAAGACUAAUAAGAUCAUUGCAUAUUUAUUGAACUGUCAAUAUUUUGACAUGGAAAACUUUCAAGUUAUAUCAGCAGAGAGGUACGUACUAUGAUAUACCUGUGGUUGAAGUAGAAACCUUUUGUUUGUAUACUAUAUUUCUGAAGCAAAGGUAUGAGUACAAUAAGGUAGGAAUGAUUUAAUCAAGGCAAACUUUGUUCUGGAAACGGGAACAAAUGGCAGUGAUAGAACUGAAUUUGCUGCAGUCCUUGAAUGGGCUUGUUAAUAUGUACACUAGAGCUGUUUUCCAAGUAGAUUGCACACUGUUACUUCCCAGUAGCCUUCAGCAUGAGCCCUGUUGCCUACACAAUAUUUCAUUUAUUUAUAUGUUUGGAUUUUUUUUGUUUUGAGUUCAUGAUUACUUUUCUGUUGUAUGUCAUGUUUGAAUGUUACAAAACAAUAUUUUCACUGAAAA